CACACAACGACCGCCUUGUGUCCUGCCAUUGACCACCACGUCCGUCGCCAAUUGGAACCACGGCUUUGCAAAGCGCCCGUCAGACGUGAAGCUCUGCAGGAGACUUGGACCCCGGUUGCCGCAUUCCACGACCCGCGACCAGGAACUCACCCCGCGGAUUCGAACAAUCACGAGCGGUGUCAAGUCGUGGAGCAGCCAUGGCGGACGCUGCGGACGCAGAGCUUCGCGACACCGCCGGCAACCCAGCCAAGGACCUCUUUGCGGGAGCCGCCGGUGGUAUCGCACAGGUCUUGAUCGGCCAGCCCUUUGACAUUGUCAAGGUCCGACUUCAGACGUCCUCGGCAUACAGCGGCGCUCUGAAUGCCGCGACGAGCAUCUACGCCAAGGAAGGUGCUCUCGCCUUUUACAAGGGCACCUUGACACCACUCGUUGGCAUUGGUGCCUGUGUCAGCAUCCAGUUUGGCGCCUUCGGUUUCGCCAAGCGGUAUCUGGAGAACGCCAACGCGGCGGCUGCUUCGCCAUUGAACCCUCUCAAGUCCAAGGACCUGUCAUAUGGCCAGUACUACGCCGCCGGCGCCUUCGCUGGUGUCGCCAACUCGGUCAUCAGCGGCCCCAUCGAGCACGUCCGCAUCCGCCUGCAGACCCAGCCUCACGGUGCCGCCCGGCUAUACAAUGGUCCGCUCGACUGCGUCCGCAAACUGUCAUCACACGGCGGUGUCCUGCAAGGGCUCUACCGUGGCGAGGCGGUCACGAUCCUUCGCGAAGCCCAGGCCUACGGUUGCUGGUUCCUUGCUUUCGAGUACAUGAUGAACCAGGAUGCCGCGCGCAACAACAUCAGCCGCAAGGAAAUUCCACCAUGGAAGGUCGCCUUGUACGGCGGCUUGGCCGGCGAGGCCUUGUGGCUGGGUAGUUACCCUCUUGACGUGAUCAAGAGUAAGAUGCAGACGGACGGGUUUGGCCCGGAGCAGAAGUACAAGUCGAUGCGCGACUGCUUUGCGCAGACAUGGAGAGCAGAGGGCAUGAGGGGUUUCUGGAAAGGUCUCGGGCCGACUCUGCUGCGUGCCAUGCCCGUGAGCGCAGGCACUUUUGCGGUGGUUGAGAUGACCAUGCGUGCGAUUAGCUAGAGGACCGGGGGACGGCGAACGAAUGAUUCUUGCACUUUCAACAGUGAGAAUCGCGCAGAGUGGUAAAUCUUCGAGGCAUGGUGCCUACAAUAUUAUGCUCGGCAGCGGCUUGGGAAACAUAAAUGGCCAAGGUAGAAAAAAAGUAGAAUACUAGGUAUAAUUGAGCUUGCUGGUCGGGGAUGUCGCAAGAUGA